AUAGACUGCUACGCCAGUGGAAGCGACUGGCCACGAAGUAAGAAGCGCUAAUUGCGUGGCCUUGCAGAGACGCUGGCCCUUUAUCGGUGUUUGGAAGAGCUGCGCAAUCAGCUCAAGGAGUUGCUUAAGGAGUACAAGAUGACCAACAGCAACCAGAGCAGCAACAACCAGAGCAGCAACCCAGGCAGCAACCCCGGCAUCAAAAUGCAGCGCGCCCUCAGCGACACGCUCGCGCUACUAGGGAAGCUGCAUAAGGAUUGGGAACGCAUUCAGCUGGAGGUCGAGCGCCUCAAUGCCAAGGUGGCGAUGUGGCAGGAGGACCUGCGCUCGGUGUUGCUCGGCCAGCUCGCAUACACCGCGGACUCUAUCGCCUCCAACUACGUGUAUGCCACCUCAGCGGGCAGGCCCAUGAGCUUGGGCGACCUGCGAAACCUCGCGCCCGUGCACAGCAACCCCGAUGUAAAGCGGCGGUGGCAGCAAGUCGUCACCUUCGCGGAGCAGCAGGGCGUCUCUAUCGACGAGCUUGUGCACAACAGCCGGCCGUUGCGGUCUCUGCGCUCCUGCAUGGCACACGGCUUCUCCGAGGAGCUAGACACCACCACGCCGGACCUGCUGCGCGAGUUGGCCACGCCCGUCCUGGUCGAGUCGGUGGACAAGAUGCUGCUGUUCCUUAAGCCCCUGACGCUGCGUGACAAGCCACUUCUGCCUCGGAAGGACGUGGCGGACAGCUUCGAGGACCUCUGAGGAGCAACCGGAACUUGGGAGUGCAUGGGUUUUAGGGCGGGGUUGCAAGGGGUGCGCCACAGCGUGUUGUGGGCAGCAGCGCAGCUCGCAGUUUCUGUUCCAGGCUUUGAACACUGGCGCGCUGCUUCUUGUUUAGUACUGCCUGCCUGCCUGCUGGUUCAACGCGCGGUUCCCUAUGCCCCGCAACUGAGUGCUGAUUCCUGUCUACACUUCAAUGCAGUCACGCACCCCUGCCUUCACCCCGGCUACAGCCACGGGUCUUCGUCGAUGUUUCGGCGCGCUGCAAAGCACUGGCAUGCCGCUAGAGUGCAGCAUCCACAGCUCUUCGCCACCGUCAAUGAUGAGGACAGGGAGGGCAAGGCGUGGACGGCGUGGACGGCAAGGUCACUGGCGGGAACGGACCGGGUCUGGAGUGCGGGAAGCAGUGGCAACUCUACGAGGAUAGCUUUGCUUGGAACCAGUACCUAUGUCCACAUCCUCAUCAUAGCCACGCCUACGCUGGGCGACACAAUGCAUGCGGAUGUUGAGGGCUUUAUUCAUGAUCAUGCUGCACCGGGUGCUGGCGUGGAUCGCCGUUAUGGGGCAGCAGCUAAGUUGAAGUUCAUAGCGCGGGCGGGCAUGCGAGCGCGCCGAUGGGGGCAUGCUGCAGCAGGUGCUGGGGGUGCGGCGCUUUCCUGGGGCGGCUGGGCGCGUGUGGGGCAGAACUGGUGCUGGCAGGCGUGUGUUGGCGCGCCGAUGCGGGUAUGCUGCACGGGACACUUAAUGUGUGACACUGUGUGACACGUGCAAGUGUGUUUGUAUUGUUUAGGUAAACAUGGAGUGUCACGUGGACUCUCGUAUGAACACAAGAGUAGAUUCAAUCCACCAGACCACGACGGGAUUUAUGGCAAGCUCACGCAGUCGGCAGCAGAUUCAAUGCAAGAAGGAAGAAAGAGUGGAUGAAGUGCUUGAAUUGGCCUGCGCUCCUGAGCAGGGUAAUGUGGGCAAUGUACAUUCUGGGUGGGAAUGGCGGGCGUGGGAAGGAGAAAUGGAGCAGGGCGGGCACGGCGGGGGGGGGGGCGGUAGCCGUUCAUUUGGAGAACGGAGUGGUGUCGGGUCAAACACUCAGGAUUAUACCCCAUGCUCAAUAUUAUAGAGCUUCAGGAGAGCAUUACGCACGCACUUUAAAUGCUGUCAGGGG